GUUUAUUUCGAAAAUAUGUCGUCGCCAGAGUUAAAAGAUGUAUCACCGAAAGAUAAAAAAUCGGAAGAAGAUAAAACUGAGAAACAUAGCACUAAUGCGGCUGUAAGUCAAAUGGAAAUCGAUUCAAAGGAAACGACAGAGGAAAUAUCAAAGCUCAACGCGUCAAGUGACGCCGGUUGUGAAAUGAGUAAAUCAACUACGGAAAUUGUUGCCAAACAGGAGACGGCUUCCAAUGUUGAGGACGAUGUGACUACAGUUGUGGCGCCUCAUCAACGCCCGGUGGCUGACAACAAAUCCAAGCAGAGUCUGAAAUGGAAUUUCCGUGUUAUAAUCUCGAAUCUAUACAUGAAUAGCGAGCAACGUUUGCCGGCUGCUCGCGUUCCAAAAUGUUUACACAAUACGAGUUUGUGUGUUAGCAAACAUCGCUGUGCUAUGCUGCCCAAUGCUCCGGACAUUAGCAUUGCCCAGGAGCUGCGCAAUAAUCUCUAUAACAAGCACUACGACUCCUUUCUGGACAUGCAGGAGGCAAUGGCGUUGCAGUGCGUCUUUCCCGAUGAGGCGGUAUUUGAUUGGCUUUUCUCUAUGCUUAUGAUACUCUCCUCCAAAACGCUGGCAGUUCAAGACUUGCGCAGCAUAUAUAAUAAUGUCAUACGCAUCUAUUAUCUGCUGGUGGACACAUUUCCACCCUGCUGGACAGCAUUGCGUCCCUAUUAUCUGGAUUUCCUUGGCGUCAGUGAUCCCUCAGAGCCAGGCACGCCACAAAAGUUGCAGUUACUGCUCGAUCUGCUCGCGGAAUGUCUCGAUAAAUGCAGUGAAGCCGAACUGAAAGAGCUUACCAAGUACUAUGAGGAAUCGAAUGGAAACAUUGAUGAUGAGGAGUACGCCAAUUUGUCGCAGGAUUCAUUUCUCAUGCGCCAUGUGCAGGAUUACGAUUGGCAGGGCUCCAAGCUGUGGUUGGAUGACUUUAAGCAGAUGGCACCAUCUGUGCGUCUGGCACGCAUUUUCGAUGCCUUGGACAUGAUCUGUUGGGUACUGGAGCGUCAAUUUAUGUCCUGGAUGGAUCACAAUCGAAUGCAGCAAGCAGAGCCUGAAAUAUUCCAAGACGAACUCAAGCCAUUUGCUCUAAUUGUGUUCGGUAUGAAGCCAGAAAUGCGCCUGACAAAGAUUACGCGUCAACUGCUUCUUUUAUAUAGUCGUGCUGUUGCCAAGUCGCUUCACACAGAUCGUUUAGCUAUACUAGAGCGCUUCGUAUCGCUGCUGAUGGAGGCAAGUAACACUGCAGAGCUGCAGUAUGUGGAGAGUUCACUGAUUUAUCCCAGUUUGGGGCCACAGACAAGUCGUCUUAUUGCCGAGUUCUUUAAGAUCUUCAAAAUGGAGAAUCCCAAACACAUUAGCACCUACAUCAAAACCAUUCCACAGUUCACACAGUCAUAUGUGCGCUAUGAGUUUACCAAUCAUUUUCUGCAAUUGUUUUACUGUUCGAAAGCACCAUUUGGACCCGAGAAAAUUUGCGAGGAAUUCAAGUCAAAACAAUGGCUCAAGUAUAAAGCGCGCAGCGCAAUCGAAUCGGAUGACGAUGAACAACUGUCACGAGAGGAUUAUCUAAAAAUCAUGCUGAAUGCACUGCAGGAUUAUUGUUCAUGGUUGAAUUUGCAACCAUUUUGGAAAUAUAUGAAAACCAAAGAACCAGUUAAACCGCUGCAAACGCGAACCUCAAGUCCACUGGCCACACCUGUGGGCGUGGUCACAGGUGAGGUGGGCAAAAUAUUUAUGCUCGACGAGAUGCAAAAGGAGGCGCACACGUGGAAGCAGCGCAUCAAUUCCAAAGUGAUUGUGGCGAAACCCAAAGUCAAUUUACCGGUGGCCAGAAUUAGUACACUACGUAUGGCAGGACUCUUUGGUGGCGGCAUUCGUCAGAUGCGUUAUCUGCGUCGAGUGCUACUGGAGGUAACGCGCUAUGUUGAUGUGACGGAGUGGCUAAACUAUCUAACGGAGUUCCUAGGCGAAGAUAAUGCUUCAGUUUCGGAUUCAAGCCUAGCUUCUGUUGCCAGUGGAAGCGCAGCCGAAAGUGAUAAUUAAUUAUUAGGAUAUGAUCAGAUUUAAGGUUGAAGUUAAAUUGCUUUUGUUAUUUUAGUUAUGUACUCUGUCGAAUUUGAGUAAUUAUAAUUUAAUUUACAUUUAACGAA